AAAAAGAAAAAGAAAAUAUUUCUCCUCCUCUCUAACGAACGCGCGCAGCCCCUCCCCCCUCCAUCUCUCUCGCGCGCUGGUAAGCUCCUACCUUCCUCGGCGAAGCACGCCAGCAGCCACGCAACUCACCGACGCCGACGACCCUCCUCCGGCGAUCCAUCCCGCAAACGUUUACGUUGCCCGACCCGUCUUCACCGCUGCUCCAGCCAGUUGUUGAACGCGGGCUUCGUCGCGCCGUUGCAGUCCGCAAGCGUGCGCUACACUUGAGUUGCACCUUUUCAUCAUCAUACCGUUCACGACUCUCAUUCCCACUGAUUUGGAGUUCUCGGAGAUUUUAGCCGCUGUUCAGCCUUUAGGAAGCUUGGAAUUGGAUCUUUUCACACAAUUUGGAUCGACCUUCUCCAUGUGUUUCGUGAUCUUUGCUUCGAGUUGUGGAUGAACAAUCUCUGAUACCAAUAUGAUGGGACCCGUUCUUGUAAUCAAUCAAGUAAGAUUGUUUAUUGAUAGUGAAACUCUAAUACAGAAAGUUAAAUUGAAGUGGGGAAAGCGUAUAAUCCCGUGAGUUUUGAGUCAUUGAUUGUGGCAUGAAUUUCCUAAGAAAUUAGCCGAUAUCAGCUCAUGCUCGAGAACAAUAGAAUUUUCAAAUCUGUUGAAGCUCCAAAUUGAAUGCUGAGGAAAUUAACCGAACAGAUCUAGUUGCUGAGGGCAUUUACUGCAAAGUCAGUUUUUGGGGAAUUGAUUCACUCAAAUUGCUUCAUCUGAAAAUUUCCCAUGGCGGCUUCAUAUGGUCAAAUAUCAGAAGCAAUAAGUUCCAUGGAGAUCCCUUUGCCGGUCGAUAAGUUAGCGUUGGAUCUGGUUGGCCAUGACUCCUCUUGCCCUUCAGUCAAGCCUAAAAUGCUUGUGGUUCUUGUAGCUACUGGAAGCUUCAAUCCUCCCACUUAUAUGCAUUUACGCAUGUUUGAGCUGGCAAAGGAUGCACUGAAAUUAGAGGGCCUUUGUGUUAUUGGAGGUUAUAUGUCUCCAGUUAAUGAUGCAUAUAAGAAAAAGGGCCUCAUUUCUUCUGAACAUCGAAUUAAGCUUUGCAAUCUAGCAUGCCAAAGUUCAGAAUACGUCAUGGUCGAUCCAUGGGAGGCCAGUCAAAACUCCUAUCAACGCACGUUAACUGUUCUGUCUCGAGUCAAGACUUCGCUGUGCGACCGUGGAUUGCUAUCCAAAGGCGCGUGCUGGCACAAGUCUGGCACCUCAAGGCAAGACAAGGCUCACAAAAUAAGAUGUGCCUCAAGUAUGGAUAAGAAAAGGUCGAAUGCGUUCGGAAAAAAGGGGAUGGGGGAAUCCCUGAAGGUGAUGCUUGUUUGUGGUUCUGAUUUGCUUCAAUCUUUUGCAACACCUGGAGUCUGGAUACGGGAUCAAGUUAAAAUCUUAUGUCGAGAUUUCGGUCUUGUUUGCAUUCGCAGAGAAGGACAAGAUGUUGAGAAAAUCAUAUCGGAUGAUGGAAUUCUAAAUGAGAACAGAAACAAUAUCAAAAUUGUAGAUGAAAUUGUACCCAACCAAAUAAGUUCCACCAGAGUAAGGGAUUGCAUCUCAAGAGGACUGUCAAUCAAAUAUCUUACUGCAGAUGAAGUUAUUGAGUAUAUAAGAGAGCAACAUUUGUAUCUGAAUCCUUGAUGCUAUGUUUUUUUUUCUUCUUUUUUGACAAUCACCUCAUUUUAGAAAUGAAAAAGAGUAUCUUAAUAAGUCAAUUGUAACCCCCAAUAAAUCCAAAGUUAUUCCUAUUUCUUUUAAAAGUACACGAACUUAUAGUUUGUAAUAUUGUUGUAUUGCAUUAUCACAGAAUAAAUAAACUAAGUUUUUUUUUUAAUUA